UCCUUUUGGGUUGUCGCGGCCUUCUUCCGCCAAAAACCCCAUUUGGAUCCCAAAAACACAAUUCCAAGAUUUGAACCAGCGAUUCCUAAAUUUUUUUUCUCUUUUACUUGAAAACUUUUGUCGGAAUCGGGAAAUUGGAUUUUAUUGUGGACGAAUUGGACUCAGGUUUGUUGCUUCUGAAAAAAACUGGGUUUUUAGGUCAAAAGUUUGCCUGAUUGGAUCGAAGAAGGGGUCGGGCGCCGUUUGCCAUGCUCCUAUCUCCGGAAGUUGGGGUUUGGGUAGGGGAGACCCCGUCCGCGCCGGCGCUGGCUCGGCGGUGGCCGGCAAAGCAGUGCCCCCGGGCGUUGGAUCGGCGGCCCGUCGGCGGGUCCCGUGGCGGCGGAGAGGACGACUGCCGGAUCUGCAGUGCCACCGGUGACAUGUGGGCUAGGCUCAAUGGUGGGGAGGGGAGGGAUGUCAUAGGCCAGAGUGGUGGGUUCAGUCACGAAAGCGAGCACGAUUUGGCAGUGAUGGUAUGUGAUUUCUUGGAGAACGGAAGCGGCAGCGCCGAGUCACGUUAUAGCAGCGACAGCGACUCUCGGUUCUCAGAACUUGCUCACCUUGCUGAGAAAGUUUUGUUAUAUAAACGUGCUGUGACUCAAUAUGAGAAUGAUUUGCAAUCCAUUGUCGGUUCCCUUCUCUUUUCUAUUGAUGAAGUGGACCUUUAUCUUGUCAAGGAAGAGCAAUGUAAUGCUAGUUGUAUAAGGCAGUCAUUGGUGAAGCUCCUGAAACUCUCUGGUUACGAUGCUGCUGUAUGCUCAUCCAGAUGGCAAGGCUUUGACAAGGUUCCUGGAGGAGAUCAUGAAUAUAUCGAUGUGGUUGUUAGUGAUGGUGGGGAUUCCAAGCAUUUGAUCAUCGACAUUGACUUUCGCAGCUACUUUGAAAUAGCAAGGGCAGUUGAAUCUUAUGAUGCUAUAUUGAGUUCCCUACCGGUAGUCUUUGUUGGCUCCUUUCCCAGACUUCAACAGAUCUUGCAGGUCAUGGUCGAUGCUGCAAAAUUUUCCCUCAAGCAGAAUUCAAUGCCGCUGCCUCCAUGGAGAUCACUGGCUUAUUUACAAGCAAAGUGGUGUUCCAAGUAUGAGAGGAAACACAAUGUGGAUAAGAAGCACCAACAAAAUUGUAGUUCUGAUCAUAGACAGUGUGUCGGACAUCUACAAAGGCUGAAAGCCUCGCUUGAGUUGGAAAUUGAAUCAGAAAGGUUGCUAAAGCCUGCUACUAAUGACAAGAAACGGACAAUCAAAUCAGAGAGAUGGAGGCUCUCCCUGCGUAGCUGCUGAUUGAGGUGUAUAGCACUUCCUUUUUCAUUCCAGAAUCAAAUAAGGUGGAAAAGAGUUUCGCACCCAGCAAUACUGAGAAUAUGACGCCGUUAUUUGGAGGCAGACACACAUUGAAGUUCCAAUUUUUAGAGUCAAUUCUUUCAGUUGGUUAGUUUUUGCAAAUAACCAAUGAAAGGCACAUGUUUUGGGCUAAUUACAUACACUUACCUGUAACAUAGAGCAAUCUACUCAAUUUUUUUGAGCUUGGCUCAUGUUUGUUCAUGCAAAUAUUUUGUUUGAAAUGGGUGGACAGAAAUCUAAUCCAUGAUUCACAGUUUUUUGUACUUGGUUA